CACCUAUCCAACUACUGCAAACAACUCUGCAUGCCACCUUUUAUUCCUGAACCUUCUCCCUCAAUAUACAAAAACAAAGCACUGUAAACUUUAUCAUACUUAUCAUUUCAGGAAGGUAUCUGCUCACAAAAAAUUCACGAAGACAUAUAUAGUUAGCUGUCUUCUCAGUGUUUCGCCCAAGAGGCAAAAAUGAGGAGAGCCUACCGCAGAAUGUGGCGUGUGGUGCCUUGCACAAGCAGGACAGUCUCGCGAACUGAGUCCAGGAAGGAUAUUGAAGAAAUACUCAAGACGAAGCUGGCAACCAUCAAAGAAGAGCCGGAGCUGGCUGCAGAUCAGGUGGCUGAGGAUAAAUGGACGACGGUGAGAGGACACUUACAGAUGGUGGCUAAGAGUGGUGUGAAGAAGAAGAGUUCUUCUAACAAGGUUAAGAAGAGAAGGGGUCUGGUUCCCAGGUUCAGCUUGAAGGAGUCCUAUGCUUCAUUCAUGGCUGCAGGAUUUGCUUCCAGAGGUUGCAGCACCGGUGGAUUAGUUCAGUAUUGAAUCAAAGCAGUGCAUGGAUUAUGGAUUAUUCCAACAACCAGCCAGCUUCAGGAUCUGUAAUAUGAGUUGUUGAUGUAAAUGUACUUUAUUAGUUUCGAUUUGGCCUUUUGAUUGGUUUUCUUUCUGUGAUUCUCGAUUGAAAAUAUAUGUAACUGAAUAAUAAUCAAACCAUUAAUCUCUCGUA